UUUAUGUAAACAGCUUCUUCUAGUGACUGUGUGGGAGUGUUGUGCAGUACUCUUAAUCUUCUCUGUGAUUCAUUUAAUUUUCACUCCGUUACUGUUCAUUUUUUAAGCGCCUCUGUGAAUAUCCCUGCGACCCGAGCCUUUAUAUUGUGGUGUGCUCUUCUCUUUUCACGUGUUUAGCUGGGGUUGGGAUGUCUGCAGCUGAAUGGUACGCACAUAAAUCCCUCGGAGAUGGGGUGUUCUGGAUCCAGGAGAGGUUUUACGAGUCUGGCAACCGAGCCAACAUCUGGCUCGUCCGCGGGUCGCACCAGGACGUGGUGAUCGACACUGGGUUGGGUCUGAGGAGUCUGCCGGAGUACCUGCAAGCAAAGGGGCUGCUUGGGGACGCGUCAGAGUCCGGCCGCAAGAACCCGCUGUUGGCCAUCGGCACCCAUGUCCAUUUUGACCACUCGGGCGGCUUGCAUCAGUUUCGGCAAGUGGCGGUGCACGAGGCGGAGGCAGAUGCUUUGGCAAACGGGGAUAACUUCGAGACGGUGACUUGGCUGUAUGACAGCGAGAUUGUGAGGGCUCCGACCCCCGGGUGGAGGGCCAGCCAGUACCGAGUACAAGCGGUAAAACCAACGCAUAUACUGCAGGAAGGUGAUGUAAUUAACCUUGGAGAUAAACAGUUGACUGUAAUGCACAUGCCUGGCCACUCCAGAGGAAGCAUCUGCCUUCAUGACAAAGAGCACAAGAUGCUUUUCAGUGGGGAUGUUGCCUACGAUGGGUCAAUGAUCGACUGGCUCCCAUACAGCAGGAUCAGUGACUAUGUCAACACCUGCGAACGCCUGCUUGAACUUGUUGAUGGAGGUCUUGUGGAAAGGGUGCUGCCAGGCCAUUUUAACACAUUUGGGGCAGAAAGGCUGUUCAGAAUAGCCUCCAAUUACAUUUCGAAUGCUGGCACUUGCCAUAGGUUUUCCUCUUGUGCCUUGAAGUCGGUUGCAAAUUUAGCUCUCCGUGCGUCAAAUUCCAGAAGAAGCGCAUCUUGAUGCCAAGGGUUAUCAAAAAGGGAUACUGGUUAUGUUAUUGUUAUGUUAUGUUAUGUCCAACUUGUCAACUUUUGAAACUGCAGUAGGCUAAAUAUUGCUAAGUAUUAUAAAGUCAUAAGUUACCUGCACCAAAUUACAAAGCGUGUGUAAAACGAUUACAUACAAAUCUUGUUUUUUUUUUGUUUUUUUUUAAUUAUAGAUUAAAAAAACAAAAAGGUUUGAGUCAUGCGUGGUGCCAGCAGGCAUCAUGAGAGCUUCCCCUCAGUGCUCUAUGAGCACACUUCAAUUCUCACCUGGAUACCCUUUGACGUUAACCAGAGACUGACAAAUUGUGUGGUGGCUUUGUGAACCCAGGCCACCAGGGAUGAAAAUCAUGAAAGGCUAGUGAAUUAGCCUGCUGCCAAGACUUUAUUCACACAUUACCAGCAUGGUUUUUAAAUGAGUAAAAUAAGAGCUGGUUGCAGAAAGACCUUGCAAUCUUGAUUCAAUAUACUAGGUCACUGCAGGUGCAUUUUCAAAAGCUACUCAGAAACUAUUGAAGUUUUAAUUAAUCUUACACACCUUAAUCAGUUUGCAAUCCUAUUUGCUUAGCACCAUCUCAAAGUUUCACAAAGCAACAUUUGAGAGGGAAUCGUCAGUUGGAACCAAGUCAAAGUUUAGGGACAGUAUUUAAUUCUUGUGAGGCCCUUACCAACAUUGAUGCUGUUUCUCAAGUUUGGAAUGCAGUGCUUGAAUUUUACUUAAAAAUCUGUUAAAGACAAUUAAUGAGACAAGGCUGGGGCUGACCUAACUUUUCCCAGAAGUAACCUAUAAAACAGACACAAUGGGGGGUAUACUGUAUUUUCAACUUGGAGACUUUGAAUGAAAUUAUUUAUUUAUUUAAGACAACAAUUCUUUGAAAAUACAGUAAUAGGCUAUGUUUGAACUGAAAUCUCUCUCUCUCUCUCUCUCUCUCUCUCUCUCUCUCUCUCUCCUCUCUCUGUGUGUGUGUAUAAAAGCCUUCAUUGAAUUAUUAAAGAAGAAACAGUCUAUGAAUCAAACCAUUUUAACCUGUCUGAAUCUAAAAUAUGCAUAUGAUUGAUUUUGGUUUGGGUUGCCAAAUUAUGAAGCAAAUGGUAAGAAGCAAUUUCCAUAAGCAAAUACUCUGUCUUCUUCAGUAAUACAGUAGUUGUAUUACAACAAAGCAACCCCUUAAAAAAGAGAGGCUUCUUCACGGUGAAAUGAUGAUAAAUGAUGAACACUUUUAGUAAACCAGACUACCAGUAUAUGUAUUCUGUGUCAAUCGUCUUUGAAUAUCCCUGGUAUUUCAAGCAGUGACAGGAGAAGCUAUAUUUAGGAAGAUGUUAUGCCAAACUAACGGAUGAUUAAGCAAAGAUUUGCAUGCACUACUUAAAUAUGAAGAGAGUGACAAAAUGCAUGUCAGCUUUAUAUGCAUUUAUGAAUAUAUUUAAUACUGUAUAUUGAUAUAUUUUUUAUGUUGCAAGCUUAUUUUUGUGUUUUUGAAGAUUGUAACAAAAGGAGAGGUUACAGACUUUUUUUUCUUUGUUAAUAAAUUGUUAAAUGUUCUGAUAUUACAGGGGAAUUUUAUGGAUUGCUGAAGUAUUUCAUUAUUUUGCAGUUAGGCAUAAGUAAGUGUUAAUAGUUUGCAUUAACCUCUUAACUAAAUAGAAUGCUCAUUAAUAAAAUUUAUAUGGAAUUGGAGUACAAUAAUUGUACAUUGUAUGGACAUGCAUGUUAUAGCUUCUGUACAAUUCUCAAGUGUCUUACCUACUGUAUUAAUUAUUGCUUUGUCAUGUCUGUGGUAGGUGCAGUCCAUCGAUUCAAUUGAAAAGGGACAUUUCAAUUUGAUGACAGAAACUGAUGUCUAUCUCUUUUAACCAAAAAAAACCCAACAAACUUUCCAUAGAAUUGUUAAAACUUCUCGGUCAGAAAUAUUGUGAAAAGAACAGCAAGUGGCUUUUUAUGGAAAAUGAAAGAUUUUCUUAAAGCCUCUUUGAUUUACUUUGAAGGUUUAAUUGUUUAUGAUUUAACAGAUCAAAGGCAGUACCUCUAAGCUCUAAACUGUAAUGCUGACAGCUUGUGCGCAUACAGUAUUACCUGAUAAACAGCACUUUGUUAUAAAAUAAUUGCACUUUAAAUAAAAGCUGUCAUUCAAAGUAAAAUGUGUGUUUCCAAGCCUAGAGUGAACAAUGAGAAGGGAUAUUGUUCUGACUUUUAUUAUUGCUGUCUGAUAUGUUAACUUUAUAAUUUCUGACUUUCUUUGUAAUGUUACCAACUGUAAAAGAAGACGUGUAGUUUUAGCAGCAUGUCUGGCAUUGUUAAACAAAACAGUGUUGCUUUGUUUCACCUGUAAUAAAAGCAGUGGACAAGAUCAUGCCUGUUGUACUUACCACCUUGAAUAUAACCACACACAUGCAAAGCAGAACAACCAUUUGCCCUGAAAAAGUGUUCUUGUUCAGAGUUAGUUUAUUUUCAUGUCAGCCUGGUAAAUGU